CUACUUGACGCGAGUACAUGAGGCUCGACUUCCUCCGCCGUUGUACUUUGAUCCCAGUGGUGUCGAUCUCAGUUUGUUACUGGUUUCAACUUGGCAAGCACCUUCCUGAAUCACUCCUUUCACAUUAAAAGUCAUUAUUUGUGAUGUAUCUAAAACUUAUACCAGUAUUAUUCUUAUUGAUGGGAGUAUCUAUGGAACUUGAAGACAAGAAACCUGGAGACUCUGAUCCAAACAAACAACUGUAUAAAGAAUCACAUUUGGAUAUAUUUGCGAAAUUUCUUACCCAUAAAUAUGCAGAAGAUGGGCAACUAAAACUACCCGAGUUUACUUCACUUUGGAGCAAUCUCCUUGGAGAAGGCAAUGAUACUUCAACUAGUCCUCCAUUGGAUUCUCUGUGCAAAGAAACAUUGGGCCAAUCUCCAGUUUGCCAGUUAAUUAACAAAUGCUUGGGGCCCAAAGAGAUUUUUGCUCUGACCAGUAAGUCAUAUUUGGAUACGGUUGACUUAAAGAAUAUGUGCCCACUGAUAGUUUAUCAGCUGGAAUCUGGGAUUUGUCAGAACCGCAGAGAAACAAAAAUGAACCAGAAUCAUGAAAUUAAAGCAUCAGAAAACAAUAAGAAACCUACUCCACAUGAAGUGUGGGGAUAUGGUAUCCUUUUCGUUACGCUGAUCAGUCUGUGCUCAUUGGUUGGUGUGUCUGUCUUGCCAUUAAUGGGCAAGGCGUUCUAUUCAAAGUUGUUGACUGUGCUAAUCGGCCUAGCCGUUGGUUCGCUUUCUGGAAGUUCCGUUUUCCAUCUUAUACCGCAGGCAUUCGGCCUUAUGAACUCGGAUCCUGAUCACCACUACUUGCAGACAUCAGUUUUAUUAUUUUCCGGCGUCUGGCUCUUCUUUAUGAUUGAGCGCUUUCUCAAAAUUAUCAUGGACUGGAAAGAGAAGAAAAAUCAACUGAGACGGGUCAUAAGCAAUCCUGUUGCAACACUGGGCCUCAUUGCCGAAUCGCCUGGGCAGUCUAAUGCACUCAGUGCAGAUGUUGAGAAAAUAUACGAAUCACAAGAGCAAGUGAUAAAAGCCUCUUUCGGACAUCAAGCGAAACCACAAAGAAGGCAUAGCCAUGAGCGUAUAAUUCAUUACAAAACUGGUGAUUCUCCUAUAUCUUCAGUGGCGUGGAUGAUCAUCUUUGGUGACGGUUUCCACAAUUUCAUCGAUGGGCUGUCUCUAGGGGCUGCUUUUAAUGAGAGCAUCCCGACAGGAAUGAGUAUCUCCUUAGCCGUUAUGUGUGAGGAGUUGCCUCAUGAACUAGGUGAUUUCGCCGUUCUUUUGAGCGCUGGAAUGACGAUGCGCCAAGCUUUGAUCUAUAAUUUCCUCUCAGCCUGUACUUGUUAUUUGGGUUUGGUUUGUGGCAUCAUUCUUGGCGAGUUCGAGGCAUCCCAGUAUAUUUUUGCGUUGGCUGGUGGUAUGUUCUUUUACAUCGCACUCGUUGAUAUGAUGCCCGAAAUGAAUGAAGUUGCCGAAGAAGCCAGCCGUGAAUCAGUGUCCCAGGCACUCAAAGUGUUGACUUUGCAGAAUAUUGGCAUCUUGAGUGGUGUUGGUGCACUCUAUUUGCUCGCUAGAUUCCAAGAUCAGAUUCGGUUUGUGUGAAAGUAGUUUACGGUAAUUCUAAAUCUGCUCGUCCCUACCACAAUAUUUUCCUGAUUUUGUUUUACCUCCGUUCAGAAUUCCGAUGAUGCUGAAGGGAGCUAGUCACAGCAUUCUGACAGUUUGAACAUUUGAAUUCUGUAUAAAUAAGCAAUUAAUAGUUAAGUUCUUUUCCUCACAAGCAAACCGGUAUUGCCCCUUUGUUAAGUUAGGUAAACAAUCGUUGAAGUUCAAGUAUUUUGCAAAGCAGCAAAAGAGAUUUCUGUUCAAGUUGCCACGGCAUGAUAUGCAACUGCCACGCGUUAAAAUUCUGUUUCUGAAGACAACGGGUUUCUCUCGGAAUGUAUUGGAGUUGCUUGCUGGUCGAAAGCCUUAUGUUACACAGUAUAUGAAUCGCAUUUGACAACGCCAAUAAAUUAUUGGAUGUCUUUGA